CAAACUGAAAACCGCCUCAGAAAACAAAAGAAGAAACUGAAGGGGGAGCUUUCGUACGAUCUUCAUGGUCCAAUCCAAUUCCACAUGCAUAUUUUCCGCUAUUUCAGUUCAGUUCUGCUCACUGAGCGGACAAUAAAUAUGAAAUUGGAGAUUGAAGAAGAAAGCGGAAAACAAAUUCCUCGAGUGGGGGCUGCCAUGCUAUGCAUGUCAUCGUUUCAGUUAGAUCGGAACGGAUCUGGUGGCAUGCAAGCUCUCAGAAGGAGUCUUCUCCCCGUUGUGGUUUCGUUCUUCUUUCCAGAUCCAGAAUCAUGAAAGUGGCGGUUGUGCUUCAGGGAUGAUGUGGGCAAUUAUUUUCCUUUUGUCAAAGUAUAGAUUAUGUAUAGAUUAGGAAAGCAAAACAUAUUUGAAGCGGUGUGAAAUUUUUCUUUAUCCAAUUUUCC